ACUUCUCGAAAAACAUUAUUUCGAAUUUAUCAAUGCGUUCUUAACGUGCUUAAAAUUUGUAACCAUUGUGAAAUACCAACUCAAGUUUAUAACUUAGAUUAAAAUACUUAAAUCGUCAAAAUGAAUCCAGAUUCCCCAACAAGUAGCGAUUCGUCAGACUACGCUGAACGUAUUUUGAAAGAUUUGCGUCAGAGAAAUAAAAACAAAGGAACAAGUUUUUUCAGAAAUAUUACAAAUUUGCCAACGAGUUCACGCACCAAUGAUCCUAUACCAAGUGGUCAGAAAAAAAUUGAGGAAAUACUAAGCGCUCAAAUCGAUGUUGAAGAAUCAAGUGAUACAGAAAAGGAACGAAUCCUGAAAGAAUUUCGUAAGAAAAAUAAGAUACCGGGAAGAUUUUUCUUAAAUUUGCGAAAGAAUUCAAACCACGAUGAUGCUUUGCCCAACAAAAGUGUUUCUGACUCAGAAGUUCCAAAAUCACAUGUUGAAAAAACUUUAAGUGAUGGUCAGAAAUCUGAUGAUAAUAUUACGUUCCGGAAACCUCUCAAUAAAAGUCAGAAAAAGAAAUCGAAAGUAUCUCAGCCUUCAGGCGUAGCAAGCGACUCUAAGGAAAAUAGUUCUCCAUUGGAAUUCAAUCCUACUCCGGAAAAUUCUUCGACGCCUGUUCAAGUUCGAAAGCGUAAAACGUCGUGUAUUGAUGACAAGAAUGAGGAAUCUAAAAAACAAAAUCGCAAUCAAUCUUCAGAAGGCUCAAUGUCAAUGGAUAUUGAACAGAUCACUCGCGAUUCUAAUAAUUCUAGAAAAUCCCCAGUUGAAAAUUUGACCGUCAAAAAAUCUUGUGAUAUAUCAAUUUCCUUGGUUCCACCAAAAGUCGCAUCAUUGGGAGAACUACAAGCAAAACUAGAAGAAUGCGAAAGCGAUGAUAAGAUUUCACAAACACCACAAGUUUCUUCUUCAUCUUCGUCUUUAAAACGUGCAAAAAAAAUUAAUGAUGAUUGCUCAGUGCCUAAAAAGACGAAAAGAUUGCAGCAACAAGCAGCAGUAAAAGCUCCAACUCGUGUAGCAACACCAGAUACAGUCAAGAGUGUGCCAAGAAAAAUGGGCCAACCUAAGAUCUUGAAUACAAUUGCUUCUAAUUCUGAAGACGAGUCAUUGCAUUCAACUCCUAAUAAGAAGCAAAAACAUUCAAAUUCCAGCGAUAUGCAAUCGUCUAAAGCACAGUCACAGGAUAGUCAUGAAGUUGAGGAAAUCUCAACAGAAAAUGAAAAUCCUGAAGCUCAGGAACAUUUGUCUGAUAAUUCUCUAUCAAUUCAACCUGAUAAUGAAUCUCAUCAUAAUCUUUCUGGUUCAAAGAAAGAUGACAUCGAUGGGGAAAGCAGACAACUGGAAUUGAUUUCUGAGGAAACUGAAUCGUUGUCUGAAGAUGAAGUUGAAGCUAGUGAAACAUUUGAUCCAACCAACACGAAGAAAUCUAAUAAUUUGCAAAUAUCUUCAAGUGAAGAUGAAGAAGACGAUCGCAUUGAAAUGGACUCUGGCAUUACUGAUGGCUUUUUAUACGAUCCCAAUGAAACCGGCACUCAUGGUUACAAAUUGAGAGUUCGAAGACUCGCACGUGCCUGGUGGGACCACAGCACCGAUCAACCACACUAUUACAGAUGCAAGAUUCCGAAAGUCAAGCGAUUGGAACGAGAACAAGAAGCAAUGAAGAAUUUAAAAAAAGCCCACAUGUCUUCAACAUCUUUCAAGAAACUUAAAGGAAGUGAUUCAGUUGAUGAUUUGAAGUUUAACAUCGUCGACGAUGGAGUUUCUCAUGCCUGCAUCAACGAUAUUAGUUACUAUCUUAGAAUAAAUGCAAACAAAUUUAAAUCGGAGGCACAAAUUAACGAAAAUUGUUCAAUGAGCUUGUUCUUGUUGAAAAGCGAAGUCAAUUUACAUGUCAAUGGUGAAUUAUUGAAACUGAAACCUUUUCAACAUUUCUUCUUAAAAUCUGGUGACACUUAUGCAAUUCAUAACGUUUCCAAUGAAACUGCAGUCAUUAGUGUGAAUGUCAGUGGCGGAUUAUAAUUGUACAAUCUUUCCUUAAAAUUAAUUAUUGACUUUAUGUCUUAUUACACUCAAUUAUCAAAUACUUUUCAAAAUGUUAUAUAAGAAGUUCUCAAUAAAUUUCUCUUAAAAACAAAAACUU